UUUAGGCCGUCGUGGUGGUUUCGCGUGUUGCACGGAGUGACGACAACGUUCACCGGUUUUCGUUAUUAAAAGCAUUGCGACGAGCCCAAUUUAAUAAAAAAAAGAAAAACAACAUACCCCUUAGAUGUGAAAAAGUACUUAGCGUGUAAAGGUGCAUUAGAAUUUUUUGUCAGUUAAAAGUAAACAACAGUGAACGAAAGGGAAACCGAAAUGCGCUCUUUUCUUUUUGAAAUCGAAGAAUUUAUCUGUACGUAGAACGUAUGUUGUACUGGACAGUGUUAAUUCUACACCUGACUCAGUACAAGUGAUUAAAGAACUUGAAAUAAUCGUAAGAACAUAACGUUGUAACUGUGAUAAAGGAAACAUGUUUGUUGGAGAUUGCUUAGUUUUGUUACCAAAAAGAUAUUUUCGUGCGUAUGCAGUUUAUGUUGAAACGGUGAAAAUGAAAUCAUCGACGUUGUUAUUAAAACGUUGUAUACAGUAAUUCAAUUCUCUUGUUGAAAAGAUUGAAAGUUUAAGUAAUAUUUGUUGUGUACGAUAUGAAGUUCAAUGUUUUCUCUAGAUGCAUAUGACGAUCGCAUUCCGUUUUCGUAUAAUUUGUCAUCAAGACACAAGGCCAGUUAUUUGUAGAUACCUUUAAAAAAGUGAUGACAGUCUUAUAAAGAAUUAACAACAGGUUCGAUUUUCGCGUUACAUAUGAAAUUAAACUUAUUGUUCUAAUAAUUAAGUGUGUUUGUGUUACCGGCAGGUUUCUGUGCAUAAGUUUUAAAUGUGAUUACGUGCUAGUGAUUGGUUUUUGUUUUUCGGAGUUUAAACGUUUUAAAAAGUUUUUACCGUGUUUUACACGUGGAGUAAAGGAGGUGCAGGCACGGCAGCGGACUUUGCAGGAGAAACAGCCGAAGCUGCUGCCGUGGAGUUGCUGAACCAGGACUAUCCAUCAACGGCGGCCGAGGCGGCAGUCGGGUCCACGGGACUACUGUUACCGUCGUUGGAUCGCGCCGACUUCCUGCCGCCUCCAGCAGCCGCAACUGCACCAGCAACCAGUGUCUCCCACAUGCCCAUUGGGACCGCCGAAAAUGCCGGGCUUGGUCCUUGCGAGUUUCAGGACCCGGUGUGGGCUAAGAUGAGCGCCUUAGCCGCCGGAGUCAAAAAAAGAAAAAAAUCUGAUGCCAAAACCAACCAAUCAAAUACAAAUAAGUGCAAAAAUGAAAAACGGCGCCGCGAACAAGAGAACAUCUACAUAGAGCAAUUGGCAGAGCUAAUAUCCGCCAACUUCGCGGACAUGAGCUCGCUAUCAGUUAAGCCAGACAAGUGCCACAUCCUCCAAGAGACCGUUAACCAGAUUCGUUCAAUAAGCCAGCUGGAGAACUCGUCCAAAUCUUCAGAUCCCGUCCAGCAGGGAGAGGUGUCCUCCUCGAGGCCCACCAUCCUAUCCAACGAGGUGUACGGGCCCCUGCUGUUAGAAGCUCUGGAGGGUUUCUUGUUCGUCGUCAACGCCGAAGGUAAGGUCGAACACGUCACAGACAACGUCACCAAUUACAUCAAGUUUACGCGCGAGGACAUCCUCGGGAAAGACAUCUACAAUAUAAUCCAUCAUGGUGACCAUAAUAGGUUUAUUUCGAAUCUGUUGCCCAUGUCCAUAGGCUGGACGAACGAACCAACAAACAAAUCGCGUUCCUUCAAUUGCCGUUUCCUAGUCAAACCGGACGACCAAGACGAAAGUAUCGAAGAAAAACAGCAACGCGUUAGUCGGUACGAGUUGAUGCACAUUUCUAGUACUCAGUUACGAGAUCAAGUGUCCGUAUCAUCGGGCGAAGACGAAUCCUCGGACAACGGUCCGUGUUUGUUGUGUGUCGCGUCGCGUAUCACCAGUCGCGAAUUGCCAUCCACGUUCAACAUCGAACAAUUUACUACCAAGUUGGACGCAAGCGGUAAAAUAAUUGGCGUGGAUACGUCCGGGGUGUCCGGUACGUAUUCCAUUUAUUUGAAUAAAGACCUUAUGGGCCGGAACAUUCAAGAUCUGUGCGUGCAACAAGAAGUGCAUAAACUCGCGUCACAUCUUAGGGACACUCUGAGUGCCGGCCAGUCGACCAGCAUAGUCUAUCGGCUUCGUUUUGGCACCGGCCAACAGGAAAAAUACGUACACGUGCAAACUAAGUCGAAAUUGUUUAAGGCUAAUCCCCACUCGGCUGCCGAGACGGAUUUCAUCAUGGCCACCCACUCUAUUAUAGGAGAACAAGAUUCCUCGGAUCCGGGUGGCGGUACGAAUAAUAACAAUGGUGGCGUAGGAGGGCCACUCAUGACGAGCGUCGUAAACGGUACCACUCCUCGUAGUGGCCCUCCACCUACCACCUCAACUUCAGAUCCGGCUAGCACUUCGGCCAACUCUGCCUUCAGCACCAGCUCCUCAUUCAAUACUUUUCCGUUAGAUAACGACUUCAACUUCGACUUUCCAACUUCCACGUGGGACCUGGAUUCGACCACUUGGGGCGAAACAAGGCCUGAGUCGAGACAAAGCAUUACCUCUGUAUCGACUCCAACCCCGCGACCUCCUAGUGCUCCUGCGUACAGUCCCGCAGCUACCGUUGCCCAAAGUCCUCUUGCCCAAUUCGUUCCCCAACCCAGCCCUACUACAGUACCUAAUCCUCCCACGCCCGCGAACCCCUACAGUAGCACGUUCCCAUUUAGUCCUAUUCCCGAUCCCAAUUACCCCGUUGAAGAACAAAAGGAUACCAAAGCAAACGUGUUAGAAGAAGCGUCUCAUAUGAUGGCAGAGUCCGGAAGAUUGAGAAAUCUGCUGACCAAACCGCCCAACUCUAACGAUAACAACACAGCGAAUAACGAUAACGACAACAAGAAUAAAAAUACCAUUUUGAAAGAGUUGCUAAAUAAGCCCGAUGAGGAUGAAAGUAAGAAUAACAGAGGUAGUCCAAGAGGAAUGGCCAACAGGACGCCAAUGUCUUCAGGAUCGUCGGAAACACCCAAGUCAUCAUCGGGGGGAGGAAAUAAUAUGCUUCUACAGUUGUUGAAUGAAAAGAAUGACGACGACGAUCUGGAAGCUCGGGCAGGAUUGAAAAAACAAAGCGAACUCCUUUCACAGCUUCUCAAAGAUGACGAAGAAAGGAAACCUGAAACACAGCAGUCUCAUGAUGACUCCUUGCUUCGUAGCCUGGGCUUCAGCCCUUCGCCUUCGCCACCGAAUGGUGAACGAAGCGGAAGAAAGCGACCGAGCGACGACCGAGAUGACAACCCAUCUAAAAGAAGCUCUGACGGUGUUUCGUCGUCAGGUUCAACCGGAAGUAAAUUGUGCGAACGAAACAAAAUGCUCGCUUCGCUGCUCGCGAAGCAGCCCAAUAAUCACAUACCCAUACCCCCUGUACCUGCCAGUGUGAUAUCUGCCACGCCUCAAGAGAAGCUGCCCAAAAUAGUCGAUUUAAACAAAAACACCAACAUCCAAAACCGUAUGAGCAAUCCUGGUGUUCAGCAGUUGAACAGCAGAGGACCACAACGGAUGCCUCGUUCACAUAAUACAACAAACUACCUCAAUCUCCAACCCGGAGACAACAACAAUAGCAUACAACGAACGCAAGGUCGCCAAUUCAACCAAAUUGAUUCGAUUUCGUAUAGCGUUGCAGCCAGUACGACCAACGUAGACCAUGGAUGGGACAUGCAGUCCGAUCCCGAUCUUUCUGCCAUUUUGGACGCCGUUAUCGAUUUCGUGCCAGACGUAAGCAACAAUGCCGAGUUACUGAACUUAAUAAAUUCAAUAGAUGCGGCUCAGAAUAACAACAAUAUUCAAAGAGGCGAACCCAUAAGUGAAAAGAUGGCCAUCAAUAUCAUACAAAAAUCUCUUAUGCAAUGUGAAAGUGCUGUUAACAAAAGUCCUUCUUCACCCACUAUUUCGUUACCGGGAACACCACCAGCUUACUCAUCGGCUGCGUUAGCAACACAGUCGAACCAAGCAGGUUUUCCACCGCCCCCUACGUAUCCUAGAGCUGCUUUUAACGUUCCUAGGGGUCAAGUGCGGCCUGGAGCAUCUCAGUAUUCGAUGGCUGGGGGUACAGUUGCCAGUCAGCAGUUAUUUACCCAACAACAACGUAAACAGCUACUACAACAACAGCAGGAGCAUAAGAGACGCCUGCUCCAACAACAGCAACAGCAACACUUGUUGAUCCCGUCCAAUGCUGCAGCUGCCGAAAUAUCAGGCUUACAAAACAUAGAUACGUUGCUUAAUAACACUGUGGCUCCUAAUGUUUCGUUACAAAGAUCCAACAGUGUCCCAGAGUCUCAGUUGUCGCCAACUUAUUCUGGACAAUUAAGUCAAACUCCUAACCAAAGGAUUACCAAUCAGCAACCCUACUCUCCUCACUCACAGUUGACUUCACCUAUUGGCCAACAAAAUACCUUCACUCAGGCGCCGGGAUAUCCCCAAGUCACAACGCAAAAUACCAACUGGCAACAGACACAACAGCCUCGAUUGAGCGUCCAACAACAACAAAAUCCAAUGCUUAAUGCACAGUUAACGGGUAAUUAUGUGUCAGGACCAAAUGGUCGAACAUUUCCUGUACAGAGAGCUCCUCAGCAACCGCAGCAGCAACAGCAACCGCGAGCGAUGGGUAGCCCGGGUGCUGCGCCUGCGCCAACUAGGCAAUCACCCUUUCCACCCACCGAUUCGUUUGCUCCACCUGCUUCACCUAACUCUGCUUUUAAUCAAAACCAGUACCUGAGGUUGCAGCGCACCAAUAGCGCGCCCACCGCAACAACACAACUACCAGGUGGCCUGGGAUCCCCCCGGCCAUAUGGCAGGGAUCACCCCCCUCACCCUUAUCCCCCUAUUCCCCACCAACAUCACCCCAUGAUGUAUCAACAAGACUCCCAGUACUGUUACGAUCAGUCCGGUUUACCGUUAGCGUACAAUGGUGCCGACAGGGGCCGUGCUCCCCCACACCUACAAGCCGGUGUGUCGGGCAGUGGGACAACGUCGGAGUAUGUGAGACAAGAGCUGCGAGCUGUUGUAGGAGCGCGAACCGGACAAACGCAGCAACAACAGCAGCAGCAACAACAGGUACCUAACAGGCCCCCAUCGCAAAUCAUCAUCAACCAGCAAACAGUCAACACAGCUGAUCUCGAAGCACUGGGUCUUUCUUUUGAGAUGCCAACGUCUGGUGCGAGUGAGAGCCCAAAACUGUGGGGUGCAAUGGGUUCAGAUAUGGGUUCAGUGUCUCCACAGCCAGCGACCUCGAGGAGUACUAUGGAGGAGGUCCGACAAGGUGAUCACGGAAAACCGCAGUCACAGUCGCAGUCGUCUCUGCUCCAGAAACUGCUCUCCGAGUGACCACCAACGACCUGGUCACAUAUUGUAAAUAAUAAUAAGAAUAAUAAUUUUAAAAAAGAGUAACUUCUAUUACAACUACAUAGGUACCUCAACGGUUAAGUACCACAGGCUGUAAUUUAGACAGGUUAGCUGUACCAAGUGCAUUAGAACGUUGCUUGUUUGUUUCGUUAGGGUAGUGCGGAGCGAGGGAAGGCGUUCUAGGGUCUGAGUGCAAUUGUACAUAUUAAUAUAAAUGAUAAUAACUGGGACUUGUUUGUAAUUUAUAUAUCUCUGUUACAUUUUACGAAUUUCGAUUUGUUUAAUUCGUUAUUGACAUAAAAUACACACGUCGCCUGCGCGUCGCUGUCAUAACGGGCGGGAUAGAAGACGACCACACAUUUGCGCGUCAAACUUUUAAAAACAGAAAAAAAAAACAAAAGCACGCUCACGCGUUACCGUUAUUUCAUUAAAUGUUUAACCAAUAACAGUAACGCGUUGUGCGUAACCGUGUUAUUUGUGGGUAAGAGGGCCAUUUUUUUUUUUUUUUUUGGAAAAACGCAUAGAAUGUGUUGUUAAAAAAGUAACUAACCAAUGACGGCGGCAGCGUCAGACGCACAUGUUAUAUUAUUUGAAUGUGUUUAGUGUUGUCUUCCUUCGGUCAGUGUUCAUGCUACGCAUUACCAAAAAAAUAGUAACUGUUAAUAUUUUAUAUAUAAUUUAAUCUACGUUAAAUGGAAAGCUCGUUUUGUUGGACAUUGUGAUAGGCGAUCGCCAUGUUACUGUUGCUAGGAGCGUUCCUAGACCUUAUAUAAAAAAAUUAGCGCUAGCAUACAUAAAAUACAUACAUACUUGAUUAUUGUCAAUUACACCCAGCCACUAAAUUGAACAAAUUGACAGACAAAGCAUUAUUUAAUUACACACAUAUUUUUUGUACAUUAUUGGAGUCUUAAAAUAUAUCUAUAUAUUAAAACCAUCAUAAAUGUGUCGUUUUAUUGUUCUUCUAAGGUCGUGAAUCUUUUUAAGAGUAUACUUGAAAACACUUGGAGAUAAUAUUGUUUGCUUACUGUAGGUGAUCAUAGUAUAAACAGUAACAUUAAUUAAACAUCAGUUUCAAAUAUUUUAAUUGAAUUUAAAUAUUUUCAAUACUGUAACUUAUUACAUACAUACGUAUUGUGUUACAAAAUACAUCGAAAUUUAGCUAGGUAAAGCAAAUGCAGUCUAUCUCUUAAUUUAGGUAUUUUCAUUUCAACUUUCAUUUUUUAUUAAAAUUCCUUUCGCUUUAGCUGUCAUCACUCAGGCAAUGAAAAAUAUAUAUCACGUCAGUGUUAUAAAAUGUAACAUGGAAGUUUUAGCUAUAGCAUUCCAAAUGAAUUACUUUUUAAAUUCAACUAUAAUUUUCCAUUAAAAAAAUUAUAAAUGGCAUAUUGAAUAGUUAUUGCAGUCUAUUUUAUCAGUAUUAAGUAUAUUGUAAUGAACCCAAAAGGCAUUGCAUAAUUCAUAAUUUUUAUUCAUGAUUGUGCAGCAUUUAAUUAUGCAAUUGAAACAUUUGGUAAAAUGGAUUACAAUGCUUGUAUUGGACAAAGAAACUGGCUAUUUCUACCUCAAAAAAGUCGCCUUGACAUACUGCCUUUUCUACAGUAGCCACAAGACUAUUUUUUAGUGUAUUGUAAUUUUUAGGUUGUUCGAAAGUUCAAAUACUCAUUGUAACAACCCUAAUGACAGAACCUAAAUAGAUUAUUUAACUUUAGUUUCUUUUUUUGUUGUUUGAAUUUGUAAACAUUUUUUAAUUAUUUCAGAAACGAAGGAAAUAUUAAAACGACUUCUACUAAUGAUUGUAGUUUCCGGAUAUUCAAUUUCUUUUUUGAUACAAAUAAUUUUUAAAAUAUUCCUGUUAUUAAGAAAAAAUAGAACGUCAAAACUCCUUGGUUGUCAACAUAACAAUGUUGUCAACAGUAUUUUACAAAUUUAAAUUUAAAUUAUCUCUAGUUGUAGAAAGUUCAUUAGGGGAAGGAAGGGAUAGAAUAUCUGAAAACUUCUCAGCGUUUUCGUUUUAAUAUUUUUAUUCAUAUUCUCAUUUAUUGGAAAAGAAGUAGGAAUGUAAAUAAUAUUUAUCAACCUGCUUCUUUUUUAUGUUCUGAUGUCGCAUGUAAAAAAAUAAUGUAUCAAAAACGGUGUAAGUAAACAGUAUGAUGUAUAAUAAGUCUCACUGCAUUGUAUUAACUGGUAUGCGAAAUUGCUACGGCUAUCUAAUUCGAAGGACAAAAUAAAGAAGAGCAUGAACUGUGACAGAUGGAAGGGACACUGACAUGAUGACGACAGUGUUAAUAUGUAGCAAGGAAUUUCGUAAUGUUUUCGUGGACUUUCCUAGCUCCCCAUGUUGAAUGUACAAAAAGCAACAAAGGUUAAGAUAAGAAGAAGAAUGUGGGUAACAUCCUGCACUGUAUGUUUUGAUAUUAAUAUUGCAAAACAUUAUUUACUGUAAAAAUUGUUUGUAAAACUUGUUUAAAUAAAACAAUUUAUGGACGUUGAA